ACCAAUGAGCCAAGGGCCUGUAACGCUUUAAAGGAGCCUGUGCUUAAGAACUGUAUCACGGCCGGGCCCGGGACCCCUGUGCCCCCCCCCCCCCCCCCGAUGGCGGCCCUGAGUACAAGGGACGUUGAACCACAUAAUGGCACCAAUGAUUUCUUCACACAUGAAUGUUAUGAAAGAUAUUCUUUGAAACCAUCACUUGCUGAGCUUUUUGUUCUGUCCAGAAAACAGACAGAACCUGGAGGUGUAUCAAAAGAUGAAGAUGAAAAACUAGCUCAGGAGCCCUCAGUUACAACUAACACUGAGGUGACAUCCACAUCCAUUGCAGUUGAGGAACCAUUGCUUCCGGAGCCACGCUUUCCCUACCCCUAUUUUUCUUCCCUUACUGAGCAAGAACAGAAGAUUUAUGUACAGCUGAUGAUUAAGUUUGCUCGUAAGAGAUGGGACUUCAAACCUCAAAUGCCCCAACAGAAGGAUUAUGAUUAUUACCUUUAUUUAAAGGCAAAGUCAAGCAAAGAAAAUGCAGAAUUUCUUAAGUUUCUGCAUAACAGUGCCAGAAGCUGUGCAAAUGAUUAUGAGUGGCUGUGUCCAGAAGCUGACCGUUAUACCCAAAAUUUGCUGAAAGCUUGUCAGGCAUUUGUGAAGAGUUAUCCAGAACACUACACUGUGAACAAAAUGACCAGCAUCCUCGGUGGAAAGUUUAUUCCUGACCUGACCUUGAAACUAGAGAAGUGCCUUCUUAAAAUGGGUUCAGCACCUUUUGUAAAGGUAAAAUUUCCAGCUUCUGAAAUUGACCUCUCUGCCUCAUUCAGUAAAGCGUUCACAUAUCUCCCUCCAGAAAAAAAGGCUACUGUUCAGCACACAAGUUUGAUCACAGAUCCAAACGUGGCCAAGCUUGCUUUGAAGUACAGUCCCCAAGUUGUCUUAACAUCCCAGGUGUUGUACACCCUACUGAACAAUCAUGGCCCUAGCUAUGUAGAACAGUGGGAGAUUCCCUUACGAGUGGAGACCAUUACUAAAGCUGGCGAGAAACCAUAUAAAAUAGUAUAUAUGGACACUCCUCUUCCUAAGAAGGAGCUGAGCAUGAGAGAGAAAAACAAAAUGUUCCAUGAAGCACCGCUAGACCUUUUCUUAAAGAAGAAUAACAAUCUUUUACUAGAAGCUGUUCAACUAGACAAAGCAGAAGUUUUAUGCCAGAUUCUAAGUGAAAACAGCUCAGAAAGGGUACACAACAGCUACAAAAUGGAUGUGGAUUUUGAAACUGAUGUGACAGAACUUGAGACAUUUGGAUCAACAAAAAAUACUGUUUUCAGAGAUCCUAAAUCUGCCCCAGAAUCCACCAAAUCUAUUUCUGUCAAAACGUCACUUGUGAAAAAGCUUGAGAUGGAAAAACAGGUUAUUGACACCACAAGGUCUGGAAAGAUUGAUGGUAAAAUAUCAUCACAGGAAAACUUUAUCAGCACAACCCAGGAAUUAUGGUCUGAUUCUGAUGAUGAAUCUUCUUUUAAAGGCUUUCUGUUAGUUGAGGUACAAGAUUUCCAAGACGAAAGCUUAAACUCAUAUCCCACCAAGAUCCCUGAACCCAGAGCAGUUGGUUUCACUGCCAAUCCAUCUGGCAAACCAGACCAGAGUCAGAGUGACUCAGAAGAUGACAAACUUGUCAUUGACAUUGAUUGUAGAAAGAAUAACAAAGAUACAGAGAACUCCACUCUCAUGCCCAAGUCUCCUACUUCCACACCAUUCACUUGCACAAAAGAAUCUGAGAGCUUGCCCAGAAAACCUACCAAAGCACUUUCUAAGGAGUUUGAUCCUGUGGGACAAAUUCUAAAGAUGCAAAAACAGUUGCUAAAAUCAGGUACAACAAAGACUCAAGAACAAUCUGCUGUAAAUCCUGAUAGUGGACAUGCGGCGCAACAAGAAGUCAUAACACCACUAAAUCCAUCUGUCUCCUUGGUGUCUGAUGCAGAUAAUAACAGUCCAAUGAAUCAGGCUUGCAAUGUUAAAAAGUCAUUACUUUCUAAAGACCUCCUGGCUGCUUUAGAAGAUGAAACAGAGUAUAUAGCCCCAACUGAAGGCAACAGUACCUACAAACUCUUCAGUCUGGAUGAUAUGCUUUUGCUGAUUCGAAGUAGUGUUCACAAAGCCUACACAUAUAAACGUGCACAUGACAAAACUACUCGAAAGCAAGUCCCUGUUUAUGUGCUAACGAAGAUCAAUUAUCAGUGGUGUUAUGGGGUAGAGAUUCUUACUGAAAGUGAAAUUUGCAAGCUGUGGACUGAGAGUCUUCUGCAUUCCAACAGCGUGUUAUACAUCGGUCAUAUCGAUGCAUUUACAUCAAAGUUCUUCAUGUUGGAAGAGAUCACCUGUGAAAGGCUUAAUGACAUGAUCAGUAACUUAAAGCCCAUCAACAGUCUUAAUAUUCUCCAUCACAUCCUUAAGUGGGUGUCUGAUCUGCAGGAUGGAUCUUACCUCCUUAGUCACACUUCAGGAGAUUCCUCAGUCUGCCUCUACAAAAGUACUUCAGAAAGCUGCCGUGGAUCCUACAAUCUGCAUGAUGCCCAUGCCAGCCUUCCAAAAAACCUUUCCACACUGUGUGUCCCGUGGGUAGCAGUGGACUCUAAUCUUCUUCUCCCUUACCAUAUCCACAAUGGGCGUCCUCCUUGCACAUUCCCACCUCCACCAGUUAGAAAGAAGGAAAAGCCUCAGGAGGAGAGCUGGCUGGCCGGAGGACACUGAGCUGGUAGAUGAACAGAAAGAAUCCCAGAACAAUAAAGAGACCCUUGCAAAGCCAGCAACAAACAGUGAAGGUCCCGAACCUGCAAAGAAGAAGAAGAAGAAGAACAAAGGAAAGAGAGCAGCCCGGCAACAAAAGUUGAAAGACAAAAAAAGAGCUUGCAAAGCUGAAGCAGCAGCUAAAUAGACUGAAGAACAUGAAGCUAAUAAUAUAUAGUGAUAUGAGGGACACUGUUCUGAGCCUCAACCUGCUGUUCUAUAGGGCCUUGCUGUAAAUGUUUUCCGAGUGGGAUUGGAUUUUCUACCAAUUAUUCCCAACCUUACCACUCCAAAUGGAAACAAUACCGGUACAGGAUCUGUAAUCUGGAAUACUUGGGACCUGGUGUUUUCCAGAUAAUGGCUUUCUCUGUAACUUGGAUUGUUGCUAAAAAUCAUUUAAACAUUAAAUAAACCCAAUGGGACUGUUUUGCUACUAAUAUGGAAUCAUGCAUUUUAGGUACCCUCAAGUACAUGGCACUGUUUUAUUAUUACAGAGAAAAAGAAAAUCUAUCUUUUCAUAAUGGACUCUAUGGGAGAUGGCCUUCCUGUAAUUUUUGAAUAAGGGAUCCCAUACCUCUAUUUUAAUCUAGCAUGUAACUCAUCCCUGGUUGAGUGCUAAUUCUACACAUCUUAUAUUAUACACUAUUUAAAGGAACAGUAACACCAAAAUUAUUCAUUAAAAUCUAAUGUGCUGCACUGGUAA